UCACAGGGACACGUCCAGUCUUCCAAAUGUUAUCCGUUGCGUUGAACGACAUGGGGAAGUCCAUGACAAAGACACUUUUAUAUGACUGAGGCAGCGGACGGUCGAUAUUGCCAAUUUAUAAUAUGGCGUUUUAAGUAUAUUUUUACCAAGAGGGAGCACGGAACAUCCUAAAGUUUUGUUCAAGUGGAAAGUUACUUCUACAGGCCCGCCUCCUCUUAAAUUGAGGUAACCAAGAUACAGAACAUGCCGAAUACAUUUUUCGUAAUAUUUCUGCUAUUACUGGUUUGUGGGGAAACUUUUAUUGAAGUCUGCGCUCAGACAAAACCCGACCACCUGAGGGCAGUUGUUAAUGAUGUCAUACAAGCAGCAACACACCAACCUGGAAGCGACAAGGACAGCCGGAGCUCGAACAAUUCCAACCCCUGGUCCAUGGCUCCUGGGCGAUCCCGACCGCACCCACCUAUGUGUUCCGGACCUACUGAAAUCAGAGACACAUUUAAAUAUAUAAACACAGUAGUCUCCUGUCUUGUGUUCGUUGUUGGAAUAAUCGGCAAUUCGACAUUAUUGCGAAUCAUCUACAAAAACAAAGGCAUGAGGAACGGACCUAACUUUCUUAUCGGCAGCCUUGGUUUGGGGGACCUCUUACAUAUUAUAAUAGAUAUACCCAUCAAUGUUUACAAGCUGCUGGCUGUAGAUUGGCCAUUUGGUGUUGGACUCUGCAAACUGGUGCCAUUUAUUCAGAAAGCAUCUGUUGGAAUUACAGUCUUGAGCUUAUGUGCAUUGAGCAUUGACAGGUAUCGGGCUGUCGCAUCAUGGAAUCGCAUCAAAGGAAUCGGCGUGCCAAAAUGGACAGCGAUAGAAAUCACAUUGAUCUGGGUCAUAUCAAUCAUCCUGGCUGUGCCUGAGGCUGUUGCUUUUGACAUGAUUGCAAUGGAGUACAAAGGAGAGCAUCUGAGAAUAUGCCUCCUUCACCCAAUGCAGACGUCCCAGUUUAUGCAGUUUUAUAAGUCAGCAAAAGAUUGGUGGCUCUUCAGCUUCUAUUUCUGUAUGCCUCUGGCCUGCACUGCAGUCUUUUACACGCUCAUGACCUGUGAGAUGCUGAGGAAGAAGAACGGGAUGCAGAUCGCUUUGACCGACCAUCUGAAGCAGAGACGUGAAGUGGCCAAGACUGUUUUUUGUUUGGUGAUCGUGUUUGCUCUCUGUUGGCUACCCCUGCAUCUGAGUAGAAUCUUGAAAUUGACCAUUUAUGAUGAAAAGGACCCAAAUAGGUGUGAAUUGCUAAGCUUCUUCCUGGUACUGGACUACAUUGGGAUCAACAUGGCCUCUGUGAACUCCUGCAUCAAUCCCAUUGCUCUGUACAUGGUCAGCAAAAGGUUUAAGAGCUGCUUCAGGUCUUGCCUGUGCUGUUGGUGCACUUCUCCCGAGAUGCUGGACGAGAAACAGUCUUGCAUGAAGUCGAAGGUCAAUGAACGGGGCUCCGAGCAAAGCAACUCUCGAGGCAGCAAUAAGUACACCUCUGCCUGAUGGGGGUGCCAUUGCUUUCAGUUCAGUGUGACUUUCUGAACCUACCAAAGAAUCGCCUAUCUUCUGUACUCUUUCAAUCUCAAAAGACAGCAGAGAUGCAGAAAUGCACUGAUUAUUUUUACUGUCUUCAACAGUAACUAAGAUACUUCUUCCAAUUAAUCCUCUCUGUUAGCUUCAGCUGCCUCAUCCUCCACUGUGUCUCUCUCAACUCACGCAAUUAUUCCUCUGUAAAUUCCGGUUCAAAACUGUAAGGUUGUAUUUCUUCCUCAAAAUCGAAAAGCUUGUCUUCUAACAAGGCAGAGUCAGAGCUGUCUGUUAUAUCGCUCUGGCUAGCCAAGUCAGGUUCCAUGAUAUUGUUAUGCUGACGUUACCAUAUUUUCGUGAGAGUGUUAUGUGAUUGCCUUUAUGGCCGUCCAUACACCCGUCUCUGCAUUUGAGGGUGCAGUUUGAGCUCCCGUUACCUUCUGGGAAGCACAGGCUGGAGAUUCAAGCCAACGUAUUUGGACAUGUUUGUUUUGAGAAGUUUUGCCCAAUAUUUAGGAAACUGCUACACUGACAGUGAUUUUAAAAAUGUCUACACACAAUUUAAGCAUUUAAUCCAAAUAAGCUCAACUGAAACAAGUGUUACAGUGGAAGCUUUUUGUCAGUGGAAUUAGUUAUAUCAUCCUUCCUUUGAAUAGUAUAGACAUAGACCUACAGUACAGUUGAACUAAAAUGAUAAGCAUGUGGACAUGAUAUCUUUACCGUGGAGCAUUUUAUUUGCAUUAAUUCAUCAAAACAGAAAACUUUCUCCUUUUGAUGAAACAGAAAGAUUCUUUACCGUCUUAUGAAUUAUUUGAUCUAAUCUAAACUCAGUUGCAGCAUUAAAGUUAUAUAAUUAUCGGUGACAAAUGCACUUUUUUCCUCCAGAAUAUUGUAUAUGGGCUAAAGAAAAUAAUGAAUGUAAAAUAAGAAGCAGUAUGGGCCAGUCCAGUAUUUGUGCUGACUAUUAAGAGCUGGCAGUAGUCUGUCUAUACAGUGCUGGGCAAAAAUACACUAAAAUGUAUUCAGUACAAAAUACCUUCUACAAACUGAAUUUAAAUUGUUGAGGUGUAGGUUUGUGCAUGUAUUGCAUAUGAAAUGCAUGCAUGCAAAUACAUAUUUCACAUACAUAUUUUUGAAAUACUAGCCAUCCCUGUUGCGUGUAUAGCAGUUAAGGCCAUAAUCCUUCGGCGAGUGAAUCUGAUAUAGUGAAAGUGAAUCUUACCUUUAUAAAUAAUCACUGAGGAUAAAACGGUGGUAAAAUCAAAUUAAAGUUUGAUAUUCAUUAUAUCAGUUCUGUUCUCAUUUUGUUCUUUUCAUCUGUCAUCUAAAACAACGGUACGCAAAACCAGAUAACAGAUUACCCUUGAAGAAAAUGUAAUAAAAAAAUACAAUAUAAAGUACAUACUGUACUUUUGUGGUAAUUGCUGUUUUAAUGGCUUAAUGUCUGCCAAAUGAAAAAAAAAUUAAAUGAAAAUUGAUAAUACAUUUGUUUUUUUUUGCUGGAUUGAGUGUUGGAGAGGCAGUGCAUUGUCUAUGCACAGACUAUGACAUAAAUGUUGCAUUUUAUUCCACUUUUCAAGCUAUGAUUAUAUAGUAUUUUAACCAAAAUGAAGUGAUGAAAUGUAUGUAUCCCCUGAUAGACCUAAAGGAAGCUGUUUUUGUGGGAGAGAAUGUGUUAAUAGUGACAGUAUCUAGCACUUACUUAAAAUACAGGUUGCCCUCUGUAUAUCAAUUAGAUUAAAACAAAAAUGAUAUCUAAACACAAUGUUUUGAAUUUGAGAUGUUUUAUAAACAGAUUUAAGAUUUGUAUUUUGUUUAUGAUGCUAAUUUAGAUUUGGUUCGAUAGGGUACCCAAUUCAAAUAUUCAACAUAUAUUUUCUGUGACUAUUAUUAAGAGGUAGGAACUUCUCUCUUUUUUUAUGCCAUAAUUGAACUUUUAUGGUAGGAAUGCUUCUUUAUUCCAGGUUUGGAUUCAUUUGAUUACUCUUUACAGGUUUUUUUAUGUUCAUCAAGUGUUGAUUGUCAUAAAAUUUUAUAAAACAUGUAUUUUUAUAUGAAUCUUGAUGUAUUAGUAUUCUGUCCAUGAAGUAUAGCUUUUUUAUUUUUGCAUCAUAUAUUCAGUAAAAUGGCUAAGUACUUAGUUUUUUUACUGUGCAUAACAGAAAUUAUACUCAAAUUGCCUGAAUUUGCAAUGCCACAGUAUUAUUUGUAAUGUGUACAUUUCAGUUAAAAUAAAAAUAUGAACAGA